UAAAAACCCAUCAGAUAACGGUUAUGAUUAUUAUCAUUUGGAUCUCCAUCCACUAGAUGAUUCAUCAUCCGCGGGGCAUCUCCGCGUUACAGUAAAGAGUCGGCGCAACAACAAAAACAACAACAAGCAUCCGGAUUCAAGCUGAUGCCGAAUCGACCGUUUUAUCUGCACAGCGGCAUAUCCCACUUUGUAAAACUGUCUGGAUUGCAUGUCUGUUAUCGCAUCCUCACUGACUCUGGCACUUUCCCACUGCGGGUCUGAAUCUCGAGCAAGGGCGUCAUGAGGAGAUCUAACGUGGGGACAGCGCUGUGACCGAGGAGUAUUUGUAGUCGUGGAGACAAGGGAGAUAAGGACAGAGAGACACUGGAGAGUUAUAGCAGCUACGGUGAUAGUCUGAGCUGCACAGUGGUAGUGGAGAUUGGUCAUGGUCGGACGGGGACUGUGGGUGUGCAAGUCAUGGUUUGGAAGGCGAGGCGCCAAGCUUGGGAUUUCACAUUUAUUUUGCGCGGUGAUAGCGAGCGCAGCCCUGUUGGCUCUGCUGUUUGUGGACUUCAUCGAGUCAUGGAUCACCUCCAUGAGCAUGGACAAGGCGGUGGAGCCGAACAGAGCCAUCAUUUCCAUACAGAGUGUCCCCCUCACCAGACCUGAGGAGUUCUUACUCAUGCCCAGUCCGCUCGUGUGCCAGCGUGCCAAGCCCCAUCUCAUCACCAUGGUUUCAUCAGCUCCUGCUAAUCAGAGGGCCCGCCAAGCCAUCAGGGACACCUGGGGAGGGGAAGUGGAAGUGGGGGGCCUGCGGGUCAUGACCUUAUUUAUGCUGGGUGUAGCCACUGACCCUGGACUGACGAAGUUGCUCAUAGUUGAGGCCCAUGAACAAGGGGACCUGAUUCAGGGGCGUUUUGUGGACACCUAUUCUAACCUCACCCUGAAGACCCUGUCCAUGCUGGGCUGGGUCCACCGCUUCUGUCCUCAGGCUCACUUCAUGGCUAAAGUGGAUGAUGAUGUUCUGUUCAAUCCCAGUGCCCUUCUGCAAUUCCUGAACAAGAGCCAUAACCUCUAUGAACACACAGACUUGUACCUUGGCAGGGUGCAUCUCCAUGUGGCUCCUAACCGUGACCAGGAGAGCAAGCACUACCUCCCUGCAGAGGCCUACCAUCCCUCUGUCUUUCCAGAUUAUUGCAGUGGUACAGCCUACAUUCUCUCCCACUCUGCAUUGCUCAAAAUUUCCCUGGCAGCAUCUGCAUCACCUUUGCCCACACCCCUGCCACCUGAGGAUGUGUUUGUUGGUCUGUGUGCUCGAGCAGCUGGGGUGCUUCCCUCACAUUGCCCGCUCUUCUCUGGUGGUCCAGCUGUGCCAUAUGGGCGCUGCUGCUACCAGGCUAUGGUGUCCAUCCAUCACACCCCACCCAGGGAAAUGCUGCAAUACUGGACUGAUGUUCAUUCCUCUCCUCCCUGCUCCUGGCUGAGUCUGCGUGCUUCUCUGGGAAUGUGCAAAGUGAGGGCGAUGCUCAGUGAUGCUCUGGGGCUGGAGUAGGGGUUGUGAAGUUUAAUAGAAAGGAAAACUGGACUUUAUGGGACAGUGCCUCACUUCAAUACUGUAAACGGCACAAGUACUUUUCAGGCUGUAAAGCUACAGUGCAUGCACUGAGAAAGUGUCACUUUAUUUUUAUAGCUUUAUUUUUUUUAGCUGACAUUGGGCGAGAGGUGGGUUUCACCCUGGACAGGUCACCAGUCUAUUGCAGGGCUGGCACUUAGAGAUAAACAACCACUGCAUCACCAUGUCGCCCGUUGCUAGUCCAAUGCAAUGAUGAAAUGCAUGUCUCCAAAAAUAGUACAACAGAUUUCACAAGAUUCAUAUACCCAGCAGGAAGUAAUAUAUAAUCAAAACCUGCUAUGUUUAAAAUAAUUUCUGGAAAUUUUCUCAGUACCUAAAAUUAACUCAUAUUGUUGUACAAAAAUUGCUGGGCACCAGUUCUGACAACAGACAGCAGGGGAAGUUCCUUUCUCUUUGGGGACUUGAUUCCACUGCUUCACCUGAGCCUGAAGACUUGAUUCCACUGCUUCACCUGAGCC